AUGGCGAUAGAGUCCCGAAUGGUUUCAAAGGCCCCCCAGGCCAGCAGGGCAGUUACAGCAGCACUCGCCACCCGAUCUCUCGCACGAACUGCAGCUCUCCCCAUCCUCAGAGCUCAACAACGACAGCUCCAUGCCACCCCGCUGACGAGAGCCGCGAGCGGCAGCUUGAUGGGCGUCACCAAUUCGACUUCAGACGUUCCGACUUCCUACUUCCAAAAGCCCAGUCUGCCAGCGAAUACCGUGGUCAAAUUCGUGCCGCAGCAAACAGCAUGGAUCGUGGAGCGCAUGGGAAAGUUCAACAGGAUUCUGACUCCUGGGUUGGCUGUUCUGUGGCCGAUCGUAGACCGCAUAUCAUAUGUUCAGAGCUUGAAAGAAGCUGCUAUUGAGAUACCCAGCCAGAGUGCUAUUACAGCAGAUAACGUCACACUGGAGCUUGACGGAGUGCUGUAUACGCGUGUCUUCGAUGCCUACAAAGCUAGUUACGGAGUUGAAGACGCAGAAUACGCCAUCUCCCAGCUGGCGCAAACGACAAUGCGCUCGGAAAUCGGCCAAUUAACUCUGGAUCACGUCCUUCGCGAACGUGCUGCGCUCAACACGAACAUCACCACUGCCAUCAACGAAGCUGCUAAGGAAUGGGGUAUUGUCUGUCUACGUUAUGAGAUCCGUGAUAUCCACGCUCCAGAAGGUGUUGUGGCGGCUAUGCAUAGACAAGUCACCGCAGAGCGCAGCAAACGUGCCGAGAUCCUGGACUCGGAAGGUCAGAGACAAAGUGCUAUCAACAUCGCUGAGGGACGCAAGCAGAGUGUCAUUCUCGCCUCCGAGGCCUUGAGGAGUGAGCAGAUCAACAUGGCGAGUGGAGAGGCUGAGGCUAUCCUGUUGAAGGCUAAGGCUACGGCUGCUGGUAUCGACGCCGUCGCCAAGAGCAUCGCUCAAGGCAAGGAAUCUGCACAGGGCGCCGUCAGCUUGAGCGUAGCAGAGAAGUAUGUUGAUGCUUUCGCCAAGCUUGCUAAGGAGGGUACCGCAGUGGUUGUGCCUGGCAAUGUCGGAGACAUCGGAAGCAUGAUCGCUAGUGCUAUGGCUGUGUACGGCAAAGUUGGUGAUGCACAGGCGAAGACAAUGGCCGCUAAGGCUUUGCAAAACGAGACACAGGAGCCUGAUAAUGGGGAGAAGUUCCUUCAAGAUGCAGAGACUCCGAACGAAGAAAUGAAGAGAACCAUGCUGGCUCAGUUCGACAAGUCGAGUCAGCGCAAGUAA